ACGUGUGGGUACUAGAUUUAGUGGUCGGUUUAUCACUUCGUUUAAUGUCAUUUUACUCACUUCUUUCUCUUUGCAAGAUUUUAACACAGAUUUAAGCACAUUUUUGCUUAAAAAACACUCUAAAUUUAAUAAAAAAAAACACAUAUUUACAUAAAUUACACAAUGUUGAUCAAAGUCAAGACUCUAACAGGAAAAGAGAUUGAAAUCGAUAUAGAACCCACAGAUAGAGUGGAAAGAAUUAAAGAAAGAGUUGAAGAAAAAGAGGGCAUUCCACCUCAGCAACAGAGAUUGAUUUUUUCUGGGAAACAAAUGAAUGAUGAAAAGACUGCUCAGGAUUACAAAGUUCAAGGAGGAUCUGUAUUACAUUUGGUAUUAGCAUUAAGAGGAGGUAUCUUCCUAUCUGUUUGAUAAUGUGUAAAAAUGAUUAUUACUCUGAUUUCAAACUUUUUUUUUCAACUUAUAUUUAUUUCCAUUUAUAUGUAACUAAAUCCAACAACAAUAAAUAAAUGAAAUAUUUACUAUAACCAAUUAGCAAAAAUGUGUGUAUUAAAUCUGAUUUAGAUCAUCUGACGUCAAAGACUGAUGGCUACGUUAAAAAAAAAAACAUUUCCUUAUCAAUAUAAUGUGUUUGUUUAAAC